CUUCUCAUUCAAAAAACAACUGUGAACGUGAUCGGUAACGGUGCGUGUUCUCUUGUCCGCCCGCUACAGUCUCUUCAAAAAAAAAAACUUAAAAGAAAUGAGGGGGGAAGAAAGCGGAUAAAAAUCACCAACAAUAGUAGCAAAUGAAAAAAAAUAACCCCUGCUCAUAACCAAAUCAUACAAAACAAGAAGAAUUGACAUUCUGUAAACAUACUGUCUGCGCGAUUGGAAAGAUUUUUUUUACUGCGGCUCGAUCACUUCACAUAUCAUUUGGCUUUAUGUGGCCAGACUUGGGCGCUAGCCAGGAGUAAGCGAUCGAUCGGUCCCGAGAAGAUGUCUCCGCCCAAUUGUCUGCUGGCUGUUCUGGCGCUCACGGUUUUCAUAGGGGCCAACAACGCCCUGCCUAUCACCUCGCGCCCCAUCGAGGGGAAUGUCCAGAGAAUGGUGUGGGAGGAUUGGGUGAACCUGGACCCAGAGCAGAGAAACCUUACCAAGGAGAAGAAGAUAACCGCCAAGUCAAUAUUCACGCUACCGUUUCGCCACUGUCCGCAGGGUCAUACGCUGUUCAACCAGCUUUGCAUCCCACAGUCCAACAUUGAUCCCACGGAUCUGGUCAAACAGGAACUCAUCUUGGCCGGGGGCUCCAAUGGCAGUCCCCCACCGCCACCCAUUGGAGACUAUGACUACGGCGACGAUGAGGAGAGUGAAGAAAUCGUGUACGAUCUUUCGGUCAUACCUACAGCCAUGCAGGAUGGUUUACCGCCCAGCGUUGGCACCGGGGAUCAAGCCCUGCCCAGCGAGGAUGCACCACUGAAAUUUAAUAUUUUUGAGAAGAAAUUCCCCACGGGCACGGGUGAGCACGAGGAGAUGCCACUACCGCCGGACAUGGCGGCUGCAACAUAUGCCAAAAACAUCAGUACCACACCAGAAACAUCAACUAGCAUCACGCCCACGUCAACGACGACUUUUGCCGUACCGUCUGUUCCUUCGGGAGAGGCCAGUAACCGCAUUCCCGGCGGCGUCGAUUUGCUGGCGGCCCCCAGUGAUGCCUUCUCCACAUCGACAACACUUAGCAUGCCGACCAGCAACACCACCACCACCAGCAACAAGGACAUUGGCCAAGUAGAGUCCAUUGUUUUGCCAGCGGAUCAGGAGCACGAUGGCCUUGUGCACCUGGUGACCAGUUCUCUUUCCGACAAUGACAGUGAUGACUCCUCCACCACAUUGAAUGGAUUUAACGCGGAGGCGGAUCUGGCUCAACUGCUCAAGGUCGACGCCUUUUGGCCGGUCUACGAUGGCAGCAUUGAGUUGUUGCCGCCGCUUUUCAGUCAUCGCAAGGUGGCGCCGCCGUUAAGCGCAGACCAGGAUGUAAAAACCAAACACGCGGUUGAUGCUGCAGAGAAGGUAGGAGCGGAGCUGGAAGAGGAGGUGGGAGAGGAGGAGGUGACCGCUACGGACAUAUUACCAAGUGAGGAAGACGAGUAUACCACAGAGACGGCAACAACCACAGGGGACACAACGGUUGCGGAGGCGUCAAUGGAUACAUCGACUGCCACCUCCACCUCUGGCCAAUCAUCACCACAUCCGCCAGAAGAACCCGAGAUAGAUGAACGUGAAAAUCGCCUGGUCUUGAUAAAAUCGAAAGUGCAACCGGUUCAGUUAACGACAACAACUUCGGCAACUGCAACAACUGCAGCUGAUGUUGCUAAUUCAAGCUCCUCAACUGACCGGUUUCACUAUCAGCAUUUUGUCGAAGAUGAGAGCAGUACUACGACGGCAACACCAGAGCCCAGCAGCAGCACUCCCGGUGAUCCUAUCGAGCAGUCCGAUAUGCCGGCGAGUGACAAUGACAAUUUAAUGACAAAUACAAUUGGCGGACGUGGCGACGACGAUGAUGAUGGGGGACAUAAGGCUACCAGUGAAAUUCAUGUCCAACAGGAACUGCGGCUCAUCAACGAGCUGGUAAAGGGCAAGCAACGACAGCAGCAUCAGCCACAAAAACAACAGCUUGAGCCAACCAGUACAGAAAUAACUUCAGCGUUAACAUCAACAUCAACUGAGGAUGCCACCACCACCACCACCACCACAACAGCAUACACAAAUUGGUCAAAGGUGAUGCCGCAAUUAGGACAGAGCACAUCUGAAACAGCAGCCACCACAGAGACAGUUGCUACAUCGGGCCAGGUUAAUGAAAUCAGCUUGACAGCAACGUCAGCAUCAACAGAAGUAAAACAUUUUAGUAUUACUAAUCGUAGCUAUAGAAAUAGUAAAAUAAUUAGAGAAGAUCGCUUGACCGUAGAGCCGGAAGGAAUUGUCGAAUCUGCAGCAAGUACGGAAUCAGCAGGAACCGCCGCCACAACUCCCAACAGCAGCAGCAACCCAGAUGGCUAUACGCCCUUGUGGUGGCUACCGAGUAUUGGGUGGCGUCUGGACCGCCAUCUGGAUGGGAAUGGCGAGGAUCAGUCGCUGUUGUUGCGGUUCUUCAGCACAUUUCGCGGCAGCAACACGGCAGCAACCACACGCUAAAAGCAACAUCGUCAACAACAGCAGCAGCAACUCCUGGCUCUGGCUAGCGAUUAGAGCCACAGGAAGUAGCUGAGUGCCGUAUAGUCUAGUGUAGUGCAGGAUAGUGUCGUGUUAGCAACAGCGUUUCAAUAGCGUGUUGAAGUUUGUUCACAGUUAUCUCACUUUCACACUUUUCCCUUUUCUGAGUAAAUAUUUAUUGUCUUUUAAUGUUUUAAUCGAAUGUCACUUGUACAUAGCAUGUCCAAAACACACUACUUAACAACCACUUUUGAUUUUUUUUUGCCUUGGCGUUAUAUCAUACCAUAUUUUUUGUGUUAUUGCAACUGCUUUCUUUUUUAAGUUGUUGAUUUAAUUUUAGGGGAAGUUUUUUUUACAUUACAAUAGUUUUAUAUGUGAGCGCUGCUGUCGCUGUUGCGAGCCUUAGCAAUAUUUCAUUGUGAUUACUUAGGCAUAUGAAUUGAUCGUUAGACUUAGGAAAUCUUAUUUGUAUAUCCAGAAUCUUUUGAUGUAUCUUUUUUUUUACUACUAUUAUUACCAUUGUAACUCAUAUAUUCAUUGUGCGUACAGUCUGAGCAUUUGUUGUAUAUACAUUAGUGAAGAAACCUUUCAAAUCCAAGCAUUUUUAACGCAUCUACUGAAACAACACGUGUAUCUAUACCUAGCAUGUAAGCGCAACAGUUAUGCUAACCAUUGCAAACACAAAUCGAAACUAAAGCCUAAAAAAUAGUGUAAUGCAUGUAUAUAUUUAUAGAAAAUGCGUUUCGAUCCAUUAACUCAAACGAAUCGAAUUGAAUCGAACGAAACGAAUCAGGCAACCAGCAUGUUUUUGUCAAUUGAAAUUCAACCAGCAACCAAAGUUCAGAAGAAAAACAAAUGCAAAAAUGCAAAAAAUCGUAUAUUUUCAUUGGCACAAUGGCGAUUGUGCGGCUGGGGCCUUCCUCUUAAUUUGAUAGCUGGCCAAAAGUCUGCGGUAAGUAUCCCACUAAGAAUUCGGUGCUGGAUUAGCCACAACUUCGAAAGAGAGCCCCGGGCGAAACUCAUUCAACCGUACUGCAAACCGCCACUCGGCUUGGACUUUAUGAAGAUUCCUUUAUUGUUCACCUUAACAGUUUGUCCGAAAGUCGGACGCUUAACUCGUUCCGCAGCGAAUUGGCCAAAACGACAAAAAGGCAGACGCAAAAUAAACCAAAUAUUCAAGUGCAGGUCGAUAGGAGGACUUUCAACUGCGUAAUGGGCUUUGUGUGUCAACUGGCCAAAGGAGAUGCCAAAGAGAAUUUCGUUGCACCCCAGCUUUGGCGAUACACUAAGCAAAAGAGUACCGGGAUAUAUUCCCUGGAGUGAGUUGCAAUUCUGAUCAGAAAUCAGAAAUCACGCUCUAGACUAUUAGGCUACCACAACAAAAUUUAGCUGUUUUCCAAUGUCUUUUCAAACACGGGUUGCUUUUGUUUAUUAAAACGCUUAUACCAGCCAGAGAAGAUCUGCGAAAUAAAUGUACCAACAACUGAAUUUAUCCACCGUUUUAGUCGUUCUUCUCUGUGAAGCUAGAGGCAAAUAAGGCGCUAAACGACGGGUUCCAGCCACUGACGAAUCGUCAGUUGCGGGAGAAAAAAGCGGUCGAAGGAGGGCGGAAACAAAAUCAGCUACAGGAAGCCCACACACGGGCCUGUGCCCGUGCACACACACACUGGCGGAGAAAUGACUAACAUAAUAUGUCAAAAUAUCUGUCAAAAUAUUCGUCGUAGGUGCGGGAGGCUGCCGUCCGUUUCCAAAAGAAAUGCAUUAGGAAAAUAUAGAAUUUGCCCGCAGCAGCGAAACUCCGCGAUUUCCCCCGCCUGAUUUCCCAUUUCUUUGGUUGCUCCUUGUCGAAAAAUGUCCUCAGUGAACAUAUGCAGAAGGCAUGUUAACAUGGCGAAUAAAAUCUUGUGCGCCUGCAUCUGUGUGUUUGCCUAACGAGCUGCAUUAGUCGCUGAUUGCAGUAGCUGAGCUGUGGUGACAGAUGCAGGUGGAGGGGACGGAACACGGGGAAGGCAGUGGCAGUGGCGCCUGGGAAAUACGCAUCUUGUAUUUGGCACCGCACCACCUGGCUUCAGUCGGAUCCUCCAACUUUAAAUUUAAAUCCCAAAUGUACUAGCACCCGCACCAAGCACACACGCGCCAUCUGUAGGCGACCGGCAGAAUGCCUUGGAUCUCGUUUUCCGUUGCAUACCUUAAGGCUGCGAGUGUUAGUCUAGCGAAACAAUUAAUUUCGACAUGUUGUUAGCACUGUGUUUCAUGGAAGAAAUUACGUUGAUUUCUACAAAAAGAUGCACCAAAAAAUCCUUGCAACAAGGAUAUAGGAUUAUAGAUAUAUAGGGUCUACGUCGAUGUAAUUAGAUCAAGUGCUUAUUUAUGUAUUUCAAUAUUAUUAGUGUAGUUGCUUUUAUUGCUUUUAAGGAAUUUAUAGGUGUGUAAUGAUCUAUUCCAACGACAGCUCUGUCUUAUCUAUUUCGUACGGAUUUUGUAUAGACAAUUGUACAACGACAUUUGGGCACAAGAGAAAACAGACCACUUAAAUUUUUAAUAGAAACCCCCGAUUUUUUGUGAUAAUUGGAUAAUAAAUAAUAAAUAUUCGUAAAAUGCUAUUCAUACAAUUGGGAAAAGGGAAUGGGGAAUGUUUAAAUGGUCUUAAAGGCGUCUGCGUGUGUGUCUUCAACAAUCCUGCGUAUGCAAACUGAGCCAAUGGGUAAUGAU